CCUCAGAUUAGAUUCUAUGUUCUCUCCAAUUUCACUACUCGUUGUCACUAUCCGGCAUCAUCAUGUCGGUAUCAUGUAGGGAAUUAAUCUCUCAAGCAUUUCCUGAUAUAGAUCAGGAGAUAUCCGAUUACGUCAACAGUGUUCUGGACGAUGGAGGGGAUGAUUUUGAGACUUCUGAUGAUCUGUAUGAAGCGAUUGGGAUCAUGCUUCAGCAAGCUGACGAAAGCAAAUCUGAAGAAGACAUGAAACAGAUAUGUGACCGCUUGCAUUGUCUCCUCCACAGCAAUCAGCCAGAGACUGCGAUUAAUGGGAACAACAAGAUCCUCGAUGCUCCGGUACAACUGUCCGCACUAGCCGAUGGCAGGGAGAGUGAGUCAACCAAUGAUCACAGCAUAUGGAUGGUGAAAAGAGACAAUUCUUCGAUCGUUGAUCAGAAAAAGCUUGAGAAGGCUGACAAGAAAAUUCAAAAGAAACUUGGCAAGCGGGAACAGACCACCAUAAAGAAGGUUGAAAGCGUGCCUGAGAUGGCUUCAGCAAGUCAACAGAUCAGCAAAAGAGACGUGAAGAUGGAUGCUUCUGGGAGUAACAAGUCCUACGACAUCAAGCUGGAGAAUAUUGAUAUAUCCUACGGUGAUAAAGUUUUGCUACAAGGUGCGGAUCUGCACUUGGUGUGGGGUCGUCGCUAUGGCUUUACUGGUCGAAAUGGUCUUGGAAAGACCACAUUAUUGAAAAUGAUAUCAAGUGGAGAACUGAGGAUCCCAUCUCAUAUAUCAGUUCUGCAUGUAGAACAGGAGGUGGAGGGGGAUGAGACCCCAGCCAUUCAGAGUGUACUGCAGUGUGAUGAGAAGAGAGAGAAACUAUUGCAGGAGGAGAAAGACCUUAAUGCUCAGCUGUCCUCCUCCAGUGCUGGACAAGACAACAGUCUGUCCUCUCGGCUUCAUGAAGUCUACAAAGAGCUGGAGGCUAUGGAGGCUGACAAAGCUCCCGCUAAGGCUGCCAUGAUACUCAAUGGUUUGGGUUACACCUCGACAGAUCAGCUGAGACCCACGAAAGAGUUUUCUGGAGGCUGGAGGAUGAGACUUGCUCUCGCCAGGGCUUUGUUCACAAGACCAGACUUGUUGUUACUUGAUGAACCUACGAACAUGUUGGACAUGAAAGCUAUCAUAUGGCUUGAAAAUUACUUACAGAAUUGGCCAACCACUAUUUUUGUAGUGUCCCAUGACCGCCUGUUCUUGGAUGCAGUUUCAACAGAUAUAAUUCACCUGCACUCUUAUCAACUAGACUCUUACCGAGGUAACUAUGAAGUCUUCCACAAGACGAGAGAAGAAAGACUGAAGAACCAGAGGAAGGAGUAUGAAGCACAGAAGCAGUACAGAGACCACAUACAGGUGUUUAUUGACCGAUUUAGGUACAAUGCAAACAGAGCUGCUCAAGUCCAAAGUAAACUGAAACUGUUGGAGAAGUUACCUGAGCUGAAACCAGUGGAAAAGGAGACUGAAGUGGUAAUAAAGUUCCAAGACUGCGACAAACUCUCUCCUCCUAUCCUCCAGCUGGAUGACAUGACUUUCUACUACAGCAAGGAAAAAAUUCUCUUCAACAAAGUUUGCGUGAAUGCCAACAUGGACUCAAGGAUAUGUAUAGUGGGAGACAAUGGAGCAGGAAAGACAACCUUGCUGAAGCUACUUCUGGCUGAGCUGGAGCCAUGCAGCGGUCACCGCCAUGCCCACAGGAACCUACGCAUUGGAUACUUUAGUCAGCACCAUGUGGACCAGCUGGACAUGGGGGUGCACUCUGUGCAGCUGUUAGCCAACAGGUUCCCAGGUCAAGGACAGGAAGUCUACCGCAAUCAGCUAGGCUCAUUUGGAGUGUCUGGUGACCUUGCACUCCGACCAGUCUCAAGUCUCAGUGGGGGGCAAAAGAGCCGAGUGGCGUUUGCUGUUAUGAGUAUGACCAACCCAAACUUUUUCAUCCUUGAUGAGCCGACGAAUCAUUUGGACAUGGAGACUAUUGAGGCCUUAGGGGAAGCUCUGAACAAGUUCAAGGGUGGUGUGAUCCUAGUCUCCCACGACGAAAGACUGAUUCGUAAAAUCUGCAAGGAGCUGUGGGUGGUGAGUAAAGGCGUGGUGACCUCUCUUGACGGUGGAAUCGAUGAGUACAAGCAGCUGGUGGAGAAGGAGCUGGAGUCCCAUUGAUGACAAACUGGCUUUUAAAUAUAUACAAAACUGUCCUCAUGUUAGUUUUCAGGGUGUUCACAGCUUUUCCUCCUUCUUGAAUAAGAAAUCAUUUUUGUCUUGAAGGUGCAAUUCAUUGUUAUUAUGUUGUAAAAGAUUGUGACUGCCAUUUUAGCAUUUAUUGGUAAGCGCAUUAAUAUAAUUCAGUUCUUUUUUAAAAUUUAGCGAUAUGAUGCUGCAUGCUUCACAGAAAUGGUGCCAAGGGGUCAGAGGUCAUUAGAUUUUUCUGUGGAAUUACUGAAAUUUCAUUUUAUACAGAUGCAAGGUGAGCCAAAAGUUCCCACGAAAACAGGAAUUCCUGUAUGAUCUUUCUAACUAUAUUUCUGAUAACCCAAUUACUGGGUGUAGAGUCUUUUUUUAGUGUAAGGGGUUUAUUGAAGAAAAUGGUUAAUGUUUUGAAAUGGAGAUUGUACAUGAUUGAGACAUAUAUAUUUGUGUGAAACUAUAUUUUAUGUUUUCAAGUGCAUAAAAAAGUUAAUAAAGUCAAGCAAAAUGUUCUUCAGAGACAUUGUAGUAGGCCCACUGGAACAUUUGAUAAAAUGCGUAAAGAUGACCACAAAAUAACAAAAUCAUCUUAUGAUCUUCACUUGCACUUGCAAUUUUUUUUACCAAUUAUAGUCUGCCUCAUUAUUUUUUCCCACAUUUUUCUUCCAUUUCAAAAUUCAUGACAACUGUACUGUUUUCAUUGUCAAUUAUUAUCAAUUAGAAAUUUUCAUUAUUGAUUAACA